AUGAAUCUCCUCACUAUAACAUCCACUUCUAUCUUCUUCCUUCCCGUUUCUUCUUCAUCCAUUGUUGUAACAAGAGCUUCUUCAUACAAGUGCACAUCCAGCGCAGGUUUAAGAAGAUGUGUGAAUAAGGAAAAGGAAGAGGUGCUUCUAGAAGGGAUGCCUUCUCACUAUUAUGAUGAUGAAUGGCAAGCCCAACAACGUGAAAAGACCAAGGAGUUGCAUCGAAGACGCAGAGAAGAAGAAGAGGAAGAAGAGAGAAAGAUUGACGAGUAUCGUGAAGUUGGCAUGCGGCUGAAAGAAUACCCUGAAGAGGAUGUUAUAAAAGCAAAGAAAUUGGUUUCAAGCUUCAUAAGAGCCGUUGAAGAAGUAGAAGAGAAAAUUGAGGAAGCUGCUGAAAGAGGAGAACUUACUGAACUUGUUUUGAUGGUCAUAUGGAAUCGCCUUGAUCUUGCUCGACGUGAUGAGGAAAAGGAUGCUAUAAGAAGUCUGGACCUGUUAUACAGAAGGGUUGAGACUGAGAUCUUGAAGCGAGAAGCUACCCCUGCAAUGAGAUUGCUCAAUGAUCUUUUGAUUAUGUAUGAUGGCUUUAAUUUCGACGAGUGGCUAAAUAAAUGUAAAAAGAUCAUGACUGAUACAUUUCCAAGGGAGGAUCCAUAUAGCAUUCUUGUUCCACCUGGAUUUGAGUCAUUUGACAUAGAUAAGCAUCACGGGCCAUGGCGACCAUCACUUGAUAUCGAUGAUAAUACUCUUUUGAGGGUGGAUUUUGUAAGGGAGGUGGAUGAAUUGCUGCAAGAGGUUCGUUCGGAACAGGAUGAAGAAGAAAAUGAACAAGAGUUUGAUGCUGAAUCAGUUGUAAAUAGAUUAAAACAACAAGAGAAGCAACAAACUAUACGUCAAGUAGAAGCUCUGCUAGAUUUAGCCAUUAGUUUGAAAUGGUAG